AAAGACAACAACUAUAAUGACGCGGAUGCGGCGCAGGGCCGCGCAGACAUUGGGAGAGACUCUGCUUUGUCGGACGCGGGGACAAGAGAAACGACUCGAUGGCGGGGGGCGGACUCGCUCGUACGGGCCAUGGAGGCCGGGGGAGUGGGGCGGGUCUUCGCGCUGUCUGGCAACCAGAUCAUGUCUGUAUUCGACGCGGCCAUCGACUCCGGCGUGGAGCUGCUGCACGUCCGGCACGAAGCCGCCGCGGUCCACAUGGCCGACGCGUUCGGGCGGCUGACAGGCAGGCCCGGCGUCGCGCUGGUCACGGCGGGGCCCGGCUUCGCCAAUACGCUAUCCGCCCUCUACGUCGCGCGGAUGGCCGAGUCGCCCCUGAUACUGCUCAGCGGACGGGCCCCGCACAGGGGACAAUGCAGGCGCGUUCCAGCAGAUGCACCAGGCGGACAUGGCGCGCCCCGUUACGAAGGCGUCGUGGACGCUCGCCGAGGGAGCCGAUCCGGGACUGGAGCUGGCCAGGGCGUUCCGCAUCGCGGCCUCCGGCCGUCCGGUCCCGUGCACCUGGCACUCCCCGUUGACCUGCUUGAGGGGGAUGCGCCCUCCCCGGCCGGCGUAGCGGGGCCCACCGACUUUGAGCCAACCGACCUGGGAGCUCUCGCCGACGUGCUGCCGGAUGCCGACACGGUCCUGCUGCUGGGCAAGAAGCUCGACUUCUCCCUGAAGAUGGGCCGGCCUCCCUCUUUCGCAUCCGGGUGCCGCUUCCUGCAGAUCGAUGCCGAGGAGUUCGUGAUCGAGCAGGCCCGCAGCGUCGUCACGCCUCCCAGGCCGGUCGCCUCUGUCGUCGCCAGCCCUGUUGAUGCGGCCGAGUCGAUGGUCCGCUCGCUUCAGGGGCGCCGGUUCGCCGACGCAGGCUGGGGCCGGGAGGUCGAGGACGCCGUGGACCACCGCCCGGCGUCAUGGGACUCAGUCGAGGCUGCGGAUGGCGAGCCCCUCCAUCCCCUACAGGUGGCGCGUGUGCUACGAGACACGAUGUCAGGCUUCGACGACCCCGUCUUCGUCUCGGACGGCGGCGAGUUCGGGCAGUGGGCGCAGGCGGUGGUCUCAGCCGGCAGCCGCGUGAUCAACGGGCCGUCGGGGGCCAUCGGGGGCGGCGUGCCAUUCGCGCUGGGAGCCAGGGCCGCAAGGCCCGGCUCGACGGUGUUACUGACCAUCGGCGACGGCAGCUUCGGGUACCACGCGAUGGAGAUCGACACUGCCGUGCGCUGCGGCCUCCCUUUCGUCGCCGUGGUGGGCAACGACGCCUCCUGGAACGCCGAGUACCAGAUCCAGCUUCGCGAGUACGGCGAGGACAGGCUGUACGGCUGCGAGCUUCUGCAUCUGCUGGCGGACGUACUCACAAAGUACGGGGCUAUGCCAUACGUCUCCUCGCGGCUACCCCUGCGGGCGGCGACGGGUUCGUUGCGUAGGGAAUCGCGCUCAGCGGGCGUAAUCGCGCCGUUGUCGGCCAUGCUGGCCAGCACCAGAUUGCGGGGCCGGGAGCAGCCCGGCGAGCAAGGCGCUCUCUUCGAGCGCGAGCUGAUCGACUUCGCUGUCAAAGUACAGGCGCGCCGCCGACUUAACCCCGUAGGCACCGGCGCCGAAAUAGACCGUAUUGAGGUACAUAGUCAUUAUCUCGGGCUUGGUGUACAGGCGCUCGAUUAA